CAUCGUGACGUCCUGCGGAUGCAGACAGAUGCCCUUACUGCCUCCACUGCGGGCUCCUCGCCGAUGUGUUUUUUCCUUAUAUUAAAGAAGAAAAAGGCAUUUUGAAGCGCGUCCACAGAGAUCAUGCAGAAGAGCUCAGUGGUCGUGGUGGCGGAUAAAACGAGUCUGAAAAGGCCGUUUAUUUUCGCUAACGCUGUACAUAUGGCUUUGUGUUUCUUCAUGUUGAGGCUGACUGUGAUUUGGCAUCGGGACCUUAUACAAACUGGCAAGAUGGUGCCCAGUAUUUCUGUAGCAAUGAUGUACGUGAUCGAAGUCGGCUGCCUGCUGCUGUCAGUGCUCGGUGUGUUCGGAGCCUGCAAAGGAAAGAGAUGGUGUUUGAUUCUGUAUGCAGCUGGCAUGGCAGUGGCAAGUCAAACUAUAAUUAUCAGAACGGCAUUAAGUUAUCAAGAUGUUUAUGAGAAACGCGUUGUCCGUGAGGAGUCCAAGCUGCUGGCCAUGAUGCCGCUCACUGGGCCGAACAAAGCCAACAGGACGUUGCUCCAUAAUAUCCAAGAGGAAUUGGAAUGCUGUGGUCUCAUCGAAGGCUACAAGGACUGGGGUGCAUCCAUUCCCGCCUCCUGUAACUGUCAUUAUCCAGGAAAAUGUGUUCGACUAAGAGGCAUCGCCACUCUUGGAGCUCCGAAGAACCAGUAUGUCUAUCGAGAGCCUUGCCUCCCGAUUUAUCUCUCCGAGCUGAAGCUGGCCUUCUCCUUAGUGAUGGCCAUACAGUUUGGAAGUGGAGUGUUUUGGAUUAUUUUACUCGCAAUGAGCAUCAAACUGAUGGGACAGAUAAAAAGGAAACAAGAGUUUAUAGCUCUCAUCCAGUCCAACAGAUACGUUCCAGGGGCUUUCUAGCACUGCACACUACUAUGAUUUAAAUGUGCACUUGGCACUACAAGCAUAAAUGGUUUAAAUUGGCACCUGAAGCUGCAUACCAUAAUAAGGCUAUUAUGUGCUGUAGCAAUAUGUUAUAAUUUUAUACAUGUUACUGCAUGUAACUGAUGUUGACAAGUGAUCUACAUAGUUAGAUUUAUAUCAUUGCUUUUUUUAAGCCUUACUGCUGUAAAACAAAGCAAUUGAAUGCAAUUUUACUUGUAUUGAAAUUAUAUUCACACUUUUACAUGCUUUUGCCGUAUAGAAGAUUGUGCUUUCAAAGAAUAUUUUGUCAAAUAAGCGGUUUAUCUGGUGCUUAUUCUUUUGUUUUGUGAUGGGAUAUGUAGGGAAGUCCUUUCAUGUUUUUUUUUUUUUUUUCAUUUGUUCCAUAUGCAGAUAAUAACCUUCUUUUUACCUCAUGCGUCCAAAAUGUUUGAAAUGUAGUAAAUUCUUCAUUUUUUCUUAGUUUCUUUAGUCAAACCUGUCUGGCCUCCAAAAUGGGGAUAUUUACUGUACUUACACCCAUCAUUUUUUAAAAAGUCUGAUUUUUGGAUUCAUUUCAGCUUUUUUAAACCCUGGAUUUAAUAGAAAUAUUGAACAAUUUGCACAAAAUUUUUAGUAUAGGUCUAUAGAGGGCGACCAGUGCGACUAUAGAAUAGAUAAAUAACAUGAAAGAAUGAUUUAAAUGUGACAUUAAUUUAUUAAAACUGAAAAUCAAUACGGACUUUAACUAAUAACAAACAUAUGAUUAAUUAUACACGCUUGUUUAAAUAUAUAACUUUUAUGAAAUAUAAUUGUUUAAAGAUUUAAUGAAUUAUCACAUUUGUCCUGUGUUGAAGCAUUGCAUUCAUUUAUUUAAACUGUAACACAUCCAUCAAAGUCAAAUAGGCAGGACUAAGACACCUUGUGUAAAAACUGACAUCUGAUUAGAUAUUUAUCAUUAAAUAAAUUCUUUAUUUAUUGCCAGUUUUAAUACAAAAAUUAUACAUUUGAAUAAUUAUUCCAUAGGUUAUUUAUUUAUUGAAUAGUGGCACUCUGCGCCCUCCAUAUUCAAACCAAGUUCAGUCAAUACUUUCAUAUGUGUCUUUGUUAUUCAAAGGGCAUGCAAGUCUGUUUAAAAUGUUUUCCUUUUACAUAUUGCAUAUGUUUUAGCUCACAAUAAUAGUCUUACUUUCUGAGAACUAUAGAAAUAUGUUUAACAAAUAUUGAAUGAUAAAAGUGAGGAAUAAAAAGACAGCCGAGGAGCAGGCUUAAAGUUGGAAAAGACGGAUUAUAAUCUGCUUUAGACGAGUGAGCUACAGUGAGCAGCAAAGACAAAAGUAAAAAGCUCCAAUUUGAGUUCCUUUAGAUACGGUUUAUUUGGUAGUUUAUCCUGUGAAAAGGAACCCACUCUAUUUCCCCACAGUGGGCAAACAAUACUUCCGAGAAAAUCCGUUGUUAGGUAUAAAACUAUAACUGCAAUAAGGUUAGAUAUUUCCAUUUCUGAUCCAGUUCUGACCUGUCCCCAUGAAUACUUUAUACAAGGGACCCAUGCAGUGAUUAUGCACUUUUCUCCACAUAAUUUCUCCUCUUUUCUUUUAAUACACAACAAAAUACAAAGUCACUAUAAUUCUGUUGAAAAGUAUUUUUAGAAGAAAAUAAAGUGAUUACCAAUAGAGAUUUUCAAACAGUAUGUUACAGACAUGGGCAGGUCAAGUAUAUAAAAAAAAAAAACUGAUUUAUGGAUUGUUAAAAA